AUGGGGCUGUUCCGGCACGCGCUGGCCGGAGCCGUUCUCCCGUUUCUGAUCCUUUCAGGAAAUUUGGUUUCAGCGGAGAAGGAGAACAUCAACUUUCACAACGUCAGGCCUCCACUGGACCCCACUCCAUUCCCAAACAGUUUCAAGUGCUUUACCUGUGACAACGCGGUGGACAACUACAACUGCAACAGAUGGGCUGAAGAUAGGUGGUGUCCUGAAAGCACUCGGUACUGCCUGACGGUUCAUCUCUUCACAGCCCACGGGGAGAGCACCUCAGUCACCAAGAAAUGCGCCACCGGUGAGGAGUGUCACCUGGUGGGGUGCCACCGCCGUGGGGACGGCGGCCACACGGAAUGCGUUUCCUGCUGCGAAGGAAUGAUCUGCAACGUGGAGAUCCCCACCAACGCCACCAACGCGGUGUUUGCCGUGCUGCAGGCCCGCAGGACGGCCGGGGCCAGCCGGGACGUGCCCAGCGGGGCCCUGCUGGUGGCACUGGUGGCAAUGGUGGCCCUGUCCUGA